AUGGAUUUCAGAAAGAAUUUUGGGAAGCUUAAGGCGAAGGUACGAAAGAGCAGAGCAACUUCGCCAGCCCCGCCGGACCCCAAUCAUCAGUCAUCUAGAGACACCCAGCCAACUGAGGAUACUGAGCCAACUGCUCACGCUUCGGAGGGUCUCCCUCGGAGACUUUGGAAUCAAGCCUAUGAUGAACUGAAGAGCUCGGAAACGAGCAAAAGUAUAGUGGAGGCGUAUGAAAAGAUCCUAUCAAGUCAACUUCCUACGGAGAUUCUACCGCCUGACAACGGCACUGCUGUAACAAACGUUAUUGCAUCAGAUGCUGACGUAAGAUGGAAGCAAAUGGAACGUUUGGUUCAAUUUGGACUUGAAAAAACUGCAAAUGAUGCAGACAGGAAGCAGAAAGUCAAUCAGUGGUUGGAAAUGAUCAAGCCUAUCAGGCAAGCAAUUGACACGGGCAUCAAGGCUGCUCCCGAGGCCGCCGUUCCUUGGGCUGGCAUCUGCUGUGCGCUCGAAAUCCUUACCAGUCCUCUCACUGAACCCAAGAAAAACAGAGAUGGAAUGACGUACGUAUUGAUGCGCAUGGAGUGGUACUGGGCAUUGUCAAAUUUACUCUUGGAUGAAAACCGCUCUGGCCGAUCAAGCCAACCACUUCGUGCUCAACUCCAGACUCAUGUCAUCAGUCUCUACGGAAAGCUACUCUUGUAUGAGAUGAAGAGUGUUAUCCUAUACAAUCGCAGCAAAUUGGGCGUCUUUAUGCGGGAUUUGCCCAAGUUAGACGACUGGGAAGCACAGAUCAAAGAAAUUAAGGAAGCGGAGGUUGCAAUCGAACGUGAUUCCAGCCAGUAUAACACUCAGGCAAUUAUAUCAAGCUUGGAAGGCAUGUCGAAGUCUGCGCAAGCUUUCGAAAGCGAUUUGCACGAGAUGCUUCUGGAAAACAAGCAACACCAUGCUAGGCAGCUACAAGACCGACUCAAUGACAAGGAUGAGGAAUGCCUGAAGGCCUUACACAUUACAAACCCUAAAAACGACAAGGCAAAUAUUGUCGAAGCGAAAGGCGGCCUUGUGACGGAGUCUUACCAAUGGGUCAUCGAGAACGAAAGUUACCAGAGAUGGCUUAAGGAUAACGACGAUCGUUUGCUUUGGAUCAAAGGUGACCCAGGGAAGGGUAAGACUAUGCUUCUGUGCGGCAUCAUCAAUGAACUUGAGCAUAAUGCCCCUAAUAGCAUAUUCUACUUUUUCUGUCAAGCUGCAGAACCUCGGUUACGCACUGCGGCCGCUGUACUUCGAGGCCUUAUUUGGUUUCUGGCAAAAACACAACCCCACCUAAUCUCCCACGUACGCAAUGAAUACGACGCAGGCGGUAAGGAUGUCUUCAGCGAUCAUAACGAUUUCCAAGCCCUAUCGAACAUCAUCGCCGCAAUAUUACAAGACGAGACCACUCAGAACUAUGUGUUCGUCAUCGAUGCUCUAGACGAAUGCACUGAAAAUCGAAGCAGGCUUAUCGCACUUAUAUGCCGGCUGUCCUCUUCCUACAAGUCCAAAUGGAUCGUGUCCAGCCGCAACUGGCCAGAGAUCGAGGAAGAAUUCAACGAUGUGGCAAACAACGUGCGACCACAUAGUCUUCAUCUAGAGCUCAACCGCGAUGCGAUCCAUGUUGCCGUCCAAAGUUUCAUCGAUCGCAAGGUUGAAGAUUUGGCAAAGAGAAAGGGGUAUACGAAAUCGACUCGCGAUCAGGUUCUGAAUCAUUUGCGUUCCAACGCCAAUGACACGUUCCUGUGGGUUUCGUUGGUCUGUGAACAGCUGGGUAAACCAAAAGUUCGACGGCCUGAUCACACCUUACAGGUCUUGAAAUCCUUCCCCGAAGGUCUUGAUGAGCUUUACAAGAGAAUGAUGACUGGGGUACUUGAAUCGAUGGAUAUGGAUAUCUGCAAAGCCAUUCUUGCUAUUGUUACCAUAGCCUUUGAGCCUCUGAGCCUAGCAGAGCUUGCCGUCUCUGAUGAUAGGAUCACGAAAAUCACGAGGAUCCCGGGACAGGAGCCAGACCUCGAAGCUUUGGCUAGUAUUGUUAACGACUGUGGUUCGUUCUUGGCCAUACGAAACAGAACCGUCUUCACGGUCCACCAGUCAGCGAGUGACUUCCUACAGACACAGUCUGACAUCUUCCCCUCAGGUAUUGCAGAGCAGCACUACUUGCUGUUCGUCAGCAGUAUGAAAGUGAUGGAAAAGCUCCACCGCAACCUCUAUCAUGUACAUGACGAUUCUAUUUAUGUUCAUGAGAUAUCGAAGCCACCAUCUGGCCCUAUGGAUUCAUUACGUGGAAACCUUUUUGAAGACCAAGUAUUUGUAUUGGUUGGAAGCGAUGAGCUUGCUAGGCCGUGUUUCAAGAGCGAUCAAAUCAAUUCAAACUCUGGGGUCUGGCUUGCAACAAAGGAAUUACACCAACUUGUGGAAGAUGCUCUGCGGUUUGCCCUCACACACAGAGCAAUCCUAGAUCAUGUACCACUCCAGCUCUACAGCUCAGCUUUGGUAUUUAGUCCCGAACGAAGUCAAGUCAGGCAAAACUUCAAGGACGAGAUGUCUACUGAUAUAGAAGUGCUGCCAUCGUCCUUCCAAACCUGGGACUCCUGUAACUUUACUGUCCCAGGCAUUGAGACUUGGUCAUGGUACGGUCCAACACUCUGCUUUUCACCUGAUGGCGGUAGACUUGCAAUCACGCAACAGGGCGGCAGUGCCAUUCUCAUAGUAGACUCCUUGACGGGCGAAAUAGUAAGAAGGCUGGGGGCGGAUGCGGACAACAUGCCCACUAACAUGCGGCCUAUUGCUUUCAGCCCCGAAGGGCAUCAUUUGGUCAUGAUUUACCAACCCACUUACCCUGACUCUUUGGAGAGGAGAGAUAGUAUCAUGAUCUGGGAUUCAAACACCUGCGACUACAUACAAUCAUUUCAGAGCAACUUGCACUUUGUUGAGUUUACUGCCCUCUCACAAGAUGGAAAGCUUCUUGCUUUAGCUAAGCCUGGUGAAAUGGUGCAUGUUUGGGAUCCUUGGGUUGCAACUUGCAAAUACUCCUUAUAUCCAUGUCAAGGUGAAGGUGAACUUAAGUGGGUUGAUUUUGGAAUCAGCACUUCGGGAGACGUGUGUUUGAUUUCUAUCAUUUCCGUACCAGAAGGGGAGUCAUGGGUCGCCGUUCAGAGUCUUGAGACAGGCGACGUGAUAUCAAGGGCAUCCUUGGGUCCCAACCCAGGAUACCGCGCGGCAUCUCUGCAUCCGGACUGCAAGCGUCUGGUCGUCGCAACUUACUUAAAUGGGGUUUGGAUCUGGGACGGGCAGAAUCCCACUGAACCAGCUUGUAUGAUUGGCGAAGGGGUUCUCUCUGAUAUUAAUGAUGUAACCUGGGCACCCGACGGUCAAUCAUUCGCUGUCGCCACAAGCGAAGGAAUCACACUGUGGAACCCAGAAAAGAACGAAAAAAUCUUACGAAUACCUUCAGCACCUACCACUGGUGUGCACUAUGGAAGCGUCACUAGCCUCGCCUCAUUGCAAUCAGAAUCGGUCAAAAUGUGGCGCAUUGAUUCAGAUUCAAACGAUCCCAACUCUGUCAAGUCAAAAGCAUCAAAUCCCAUUGUUAGAAUUUUCUCAGGCCCCAGCGAAGAGGUUGUCAUACAAAGAAGUAAUGAAGACAUAGCAGUUACAAGCACGGCAACGGGAAUCACACUCUGUCAAUUCUCCGUCGCUAGGUACCAUUCCACGGUUUCCACCUUUCCAGUAGUCUUCGGGCCAGACUACAAGUGCGCUUUCGUGGAUAAAAGUGGGCUUAUAAACAUUUGGGAUACUCAAGCAGGCGAGUGUAUUCACAAGCUGGGAUCGACCAUGGACGAUCAUAAUUCAUCAAAUAUUGUUUUAGGAUUUAAGCCAUCGGGUCAGCUUGUGUCACUCUAUGGCACAGAAGGGCAGAUACAGAUUUGGGACCCGACUACUGGCGAGAGCUUGCGUCUAUUUGAAAAUGAGUUAUGGGUUAACUAUCCUCUAAUUUCUGCAUUUUUCAACGACCGUUUCGCCCUUUCCUUCUCGGGCGAUCUAUAUCAGGAUGGAAUCCUAUCAAUUUGGGAUUCAAAACGUAGGGAGAAAGAAAAGACGUUCGAAAACAAUAACUCAAUUGGAGCAGAAGACCUGUCCUGGAGUUCUGAUGGUCUCCUAGCGGUUCUAUCGUUUUUCACUUUCAACGAAAGCAAUUUGAGUAUCUUGGACGUCGGCCAGGGUGUUUGGGUUGUGAAAUAUGUCCUUCCGCCAACCCAAUAUGUCAAGUUCGAUCCGAGGUCCAACUCUCGAAUUGACGUUGGCCAUGGUGUUAUAGAUUUGGAUCUGGCAAAGACUAAACAGAUGCGGGAAGAACUGCAACAGGAGAAAGGGACUUCCGAGCGAGAAGGCUCUCCACCCAUUUGGAAUCAGGAAUUCUUGAGGAUUGUCUAUACCGAUAACGAAGCUUGGCUCAUGAGAGGUUCCACAAGAGUCUUGUGGAUUCCCCGGUCAAUGGCAAACGAAUAUACCUUUGUGGUGAAGCCUAACUUUGAUACAGGCACAUCGGUGGUCGCAGUAGCCAAUGGCCCUCAUGCCAUAAUGCUCCGGUUUGGGAAAGUGGGAUAA